AUGACUUCUUCCAACACUGACCAGCGCCUGGAGCAUCUCCUCAGCGCCGUGGAGAGCGAGUUCCAGAAGGGCAGCGAGAAGGGGGACGCGUCCGAGAGGGAUAUUAAACUGACGCUGGAUGACGCAGAUUUGUGGAACAAGUUCAAAGAGUUAACCAACGAGAUGAUUGUCACCAAGACUGGAAGGAGGAUGUUUCCGGUGCUCAGGGCCAGCGUCAGCGGCCUCGACCCCAACGCCAUGUACUCGGUGCUGCUGGAUUUCGUGGCCGCGGACAACAACCGGUGGAAAUACGUGAACGGGGAGUGGGUCCCCGGUGGCAAACCGGAGCCCCAGAGCCCCAGCUGCGUCUACAUCCACCCGGACUCCCCGAACUUCGGAGCGCACUGGAUGAAAGCGCCGGUCUCCUUCAGCAAAGUGAAACUCUCCAAUAAACUCAACGGGGGCGGACAGAUCAUGCUGAAUUCUCUGCACAAAUAUGAGCCGAGGAUACACAUCGUGAAGGUUGGAGGCAUCCAGAAGAUGAUCAGCAGCCAGUCUUUCCCCGAAACGCAGUUCAUCGCAGUCACCGCUUACCAGAAUGAAGAGAUCACCGCUCUGAAGAUAAAGCACAACCCCUUCGCUAAAGCCUUCUUGGAUGCCAAAGAAAGGAGCGACCAUAAAGACAUCCCCGAUCACAAUGCAGACAGCCAACAGUCUGGCUACUCUCAGCUCGGAGGUUGGUUCCUCCCAGGCCAGAGUCCCAUCUGCCCCAGCAGCAGUCCUCCUCAGUUCAGUGGGGCAGCGGGCCACUCCUCCGGCUCCUACUGCGAGCGCUACUCCAGCCUGAGGAGCCACAGAGCGGCCCCUUACCCCAGCCACUACCCCCACCGCACCUCCGGCACAAACAACUACAUGGACAACACUUCAGGGACUCUGCCCUCUCACGACAGCUGGUCUGCUCUCCAGAUCCCCAACUCCACAGGCAUGGGCACUCUGUCCCACACCACCAACUCCACAUCUAAUUCCAGUCAGUACCCCAGCCUAUGGUCAGUCGCCGGCACCACCCUCACCCCCUCAGGCUCGGCCACGGGCUCCAUACCUGGAGGUUUGACCUCACAGUUCCUGAGGGGCUCCUCAUACACAGGCCUGACCUCCUCGCUGCCCGUCUCCUCGCCCUCCUCCAUGUAUGACCCCAGCCUGAGCGAGGUCGGGGUCGGGGAAGCCCAGUUCGAGAGCUCCAUCGCCAGGCUGACCGCGUCCUGGGCACCUGUGGCCCAGAGCUACUGA